AUGGCUGUCGGGCAAGUGGUGUACCUAUUGCCUGAAGCAUCAGCGGAAAAGGCCAAGCUUAAAGCGGGUGCAGUGCUCAAAGUGCUUACGGUAAAAUCGAGGAAUGCGGGGGAGAAGGAAAAACCAAACUCGGCGGGUACUUCUGCGAGCAGCAGCAGCAACAGCGGUGCUGCGAAUGACACACCAGCCAUGGCCACUGUGUGUGCUCCGGUCAACCUUGUAUCCGCACCUCCUCCCGCUGCUACGCCUGUAGCUACUUCUAUGCCCUCCCCUCUCCCUUGGCCUAUCCCGGUGGAUGGGAGCAUCAAGCCGUGCCCAGCCAGCAACAACCGGCCGUCCCAAGCCAUCCUUGCAUAUUCCGCCACGGUUAGAGUGCAGAGCCUCUGGGCUACCAUGGGCCCGGGUGUGGGGCGCGGGGGGAGCGGGCGCACUGCGCUUGCCGCGGCUGCUGCUCGUGCUUCUAGGGUUGACAUUUCCUCAGGGCCUCCUGCUGUGCAGUUCAAGUGGAAGGCGGAUAUUGCGCCCAUGCCCGCGGCCGAGGGGAUGUUUCUUGAGUGGAUGGCAGAGCCACGUGUCGGGCUGCUGUUGGACCUGGAUGUGGUCAGAUGCCAGCUGGCAGAUAUGAUGAAAAUUCACGAUCUGGUAGCAGCAAGUGGUGGUGCUACAGCCGGUGGUGGUGCUACAGCCGGUGGCGGUGCUCCCAAGCACUUCUGGUGGUGCUGCUGGCAGUGCAGCGCGUGUUGGACCGCCUACCGCCGCUGCCUCUCUGUUGUCGUUUUCCUCGUGCUUGUAGCGAGGCUUCCCCGUAUAGUCACACUGUGGCGCCUGCACAUGAAGUUCUGCUACGUGGCCUUCCCAACUCUGGUGAAUCAGCUGAACGCGGGGAGGCAUGUCGGGGGGGUGGGGGGCAGGCAGGCGGAACAGCAGGCGAGUAGGCAGGCGGGGAAGGGGGGAGAAAGGCAGGUGGGUGGGGAAGCGGAGGAGGAUUGCUUUGGAUCGAUCCUGGUGCAGGUGCUUGGAGUGAAAGGAAAGAAGGAACUGGGGUCGGGCUUUGCUGCUCAUGUGCUGCCGUUGCUGCCAGGGGGAAGACGGGCGCACGGAGGUAUGCGAGGGGGGGCGGGGAGAGGAGGGGGAGUAGGAGGAGGGAUUGGCUGGGUGGAAGGGGGAGAGGAGUGGAGGGAGGGGUUGAGAGGGGUGGAGUGGGAUGAGUAUGUGGAGCGUGUGGGGAAGAUUAUCUCCCAUGGAGGGCUGGAGGCUGAACAGUACCGGUGCAGCUGCAGGCAGUGCGAAGAAAACGAGGAUGCAUGGGGGAGUGAGGAUGGGGGCAGCAGGCAUCAAGGCAAUGGCACGGCUGCUGCUAGUGGUGCUGGUACUGGUGCUGCUGGCAGUGGUGGUGUUGCUGGCAGUGGUGGUGGUGCGGGCAGUGGCAUGGUCAUAACUGGCGUUGACCCGACUGACUUUGCUCUCUGGGCCGCCCUGACGCUCUGUGUGCCGCGCGCUGCGGUCUAUGGCGUGCAGGCGUUUACCGAUGCAUGCAAUAACAGGUACAAGGAGCACGUGGAGGACGCUGCUGUGGAGGUAGCCAGGCAACGGCUCGCAGAGAGGGCAGAAGGGGAGAGGGGGCAGCAGGGCAGAAGCCGACAGAGGGGCAUGGAGAGCAGGAGGGUGGGGGGGAGAGGAACAGAGGGGAAGGCGAAAGGACAGGGGCGGGAGGAGCCGUUCGGUGCUGUUCCCAAGCCUGUGGGCGCGGCAAGUGCGGAAGGCUCAGCCACUAGUUGUGUUCCGGGGUGGGAGGAAUUUCCAGCGGGGAACAGAGGGACGCUGAAGGCACAUGAACGUGCAUGUGGAGUCCCGGUUGGGGCAGGGGGAGUGGGGGCAGGGGGAGAAGGGGGUGAGUUCUUGGGAUUGAAUACCUUUCAAAUAGGCAGCUUCCGGGACUCUGUGUUCGACCGAGAUGAGAUGCUGAAAGAAUUCAACAUUGGAUCAGCCAAGUGUCUGCAGGAGAGGGGGAUUGCCACGAGCCCAGUAGAGAACGUGCAGGAGUAUGGAGCUGCCAAGGCUCUGAGUGACAGCAGCACGCUCUCUCCCGCGUUCCCGACCCUCGCAGACCGGGUCAAGGAGUUUCUGAGAAGGUUCUCGCCGAAGCGGCAGGCGAAGGAGGGGCGUGGGGGACCGCUGACCCGAGCAAUCACCGACUGGGUGCUGCGACUCCACCUGGUGGGGGCAGAGACUAGCAGCAGCAGUGACAGCAGCAGCAGGGGGGGAGAAGGAGCGAGGAGGGAUAUGAGCUGGGCGGCGCUGGCCCUGGGGGCGUAUUCCCCGGGCAAGUUAAAGCCCAUGCUGAGAUCCGCUCAGGAGGUGGACGCUUUUGUUGAGUUCAUGGUUGAAACGACGAACCUGACGCCCGCCUGCAACUGCUGCCACAUGUGCUUUAACAUGUUCAACCAGGCCGUUACCCCCGCCGCCCUUGUUGCCUCGUUCGCCUUCCGCCCCUCCUCGGUGGUCCUCCGCUGCAUGCUCUCUCUCUACCGCCCACGCUCCCCUCAGUGCCCCUCGUCUGUGCUCCUCCGCUCCGUGCUCUCUCUCUACCGCCCGCGCUCCCCUCAGGUGAGAGUUCUCCUAGAGUUCUCUUCAGAUAGAGGUGAGAGUCCUCGUAGGCCCUUCGAUGUAUCCUUCUCCUCUGUCCUUCUCCUCUAUCCUUCUCCUCUAUCCUUCUCCUCUAUCCUUCUCCUCUAUCCUUCUCCUCUCUCCUUCUCCUCUAUCCUUCUCCUCUCUCCUUCUCCUCUAUCCUUCUCAUCCUUCAUUCUCCUCUCUCUCCUUCUCAUCCUUCAUUCUCCUCUCUCCUUCUCAUAUUUCAUUCUCCUCUCUCCUUCUCAUCCUUCAUUCUCCUCUCUCCUUCUCAUCUUUCAUUCUCCUCUCUCCUUCUCAUCUUUCAUCCUCCUCUCUCCUUCUCAUCUUUCAUCCUCCUCUCUCCUUCUCAUCUUUCAUUCUCCUCUCUCCUUCUCAUCUUUCUUUCUCCUCUCUCCUUCUCAUCUUUCAUUCUCCUCUCUCCUUCUCAUCUUUCAUUCUCCUCUCCCCUUCUCAUCUUUCAUUCUCCUCUCUCCUUCUCAUCUUUCAUUCUCCUCUCUCCUCCUCAUCUUUCAUUCUCCUCUCUCCUUCUCAUCUUUCAUUCUCCUCUGUCCUUCUCAUCUUUCAUUCUCCUCUGUCCUUUCUCAUAUUUCCUUCUCCUCUCUCCUUCUCCUCUCGCCUUCUCCUCUCGCCUUCUCCUCUGUCCUUCUCCUCUGUCCUUCUUCUCUGUUCUCCCUCCACCGCCCACACUCACCCCUUCAGAUGAAAGAGCUCCUAGACACGCUCGGGAUCCCGCCCCUGCCGGACCUGGUCCCGGACCGCCUCGUGGCUUCUCUUCUUGAAGGCAUGAAAGAGCUUCUGGACACGCUCGGAAUCCCACCCGUCCCGGACCUCGUUCCAGACCGCCUCGUGGCUCCUCUUCUCGAAGGCGUGUUGGAGCACAAGCGCCUGCACUUCCUCUACUCUGCAUCCAUCCUUCUCUCCCGAGAGGGCGUCGUGAAGGAUAUCAUGGAGCUGACUAGAGGAGACGGGGUGGCGAGGAGUGAAGAGGAGUUGAGACAGGUGGAGUGGAACGGGUGGGAUGGGAAGGAGGAGUGGCUGGUGUGGGAGGAGGUGGACAGCUGGCGGAACGCGGCGUUUAGGGCGUGGCCUGUGGUGGAGCUGAUGUAUGAGGCGCCGCAUAGCUGGGCGGCAAUUGGGGAGGAGGAGAGGGUGAGGGAUUGUUGUGCGGGGAUGAGGCGGAAGGAGAGGGAGUGUGAGGAGAUUAGUCGGGGGAAGGAGCGGGCUUUGGUGGAUAGAAUGGUUGCUGCUGCUGCUACUGAUGGUAGCGCUGGUAGUGCUGCUGCUGCUGCUGCUUCGGGAAGUGAGAGUGCAGUGGGAGGCGGGUUGAAAAUCGCGCCCGCGUACCUGGUGCCGUGGGUGGGGGGAGUGAACCCGUUUGCAUGCCUGCGGGAGAUGCUGCUGGGGGAGACGUGCUACUGGGAGCUCUCAGACGGGCGGAGGGUCGGGGUGACACCUGGGGCAGGCUCAUCUGCUGCUGCCCCUGCUGCGUCGGAUUCAAGAGCACCCGCAGGAGGAUCAGGAGGAGCAGGGGGGGUGCGUUGCUGUGCUUUCCCGGGGUGUGGCAGGGCGGAGAGGCCCGGGAGGCCGCCAUUGAAGGCGUGCUCCCGGUGCAACCAGGCUGCCUACUGCGACAGGGACUGCCAGAGGGCUCACUGGAAGGUGCAUAAGCUGCAGUGCCAGCCUAAGUGA